CGAUUCUUUGGAGCAUCCAAGAACUGGGAAGAACGAUGGCAAUGUUCGUGUUACUCGAUGGUUUGUCACAUGGUGGGGGCUCAUAUAUAAUACAGAUCGUCGUGGAUGGAACACUCCAGUUUGUCCAAGACUCACGGAUGAUACUUCCGUCCAAGUCAGGGACAUUUUAUACAUUUUGUGAUACUUAAGUGAUCGAGUGAAGUUGUAUAGUUCCAAAUAGAAAAGAGAACUUUUUGUUGAGCAAAAGAGUGACUAAAGUGAUUUGCAUAGAAUCAGAGAAUUUCCUUUGAUCUCUGUGGCGUUGUGAUCACGAAGGGAGGGAAUAUUUUUUUGGGUGUUCUUAGUAUUUUUUUUAUUUCAAUUUUUUGAUACAUUUUUGUGAUCAAUCGAUAUUUUGGUGCCUUUGUCCUCUCAAUCAAGAUGAAAUUAAUUGUCUUGUUUGUGAUCUUUUGUGCCAAGACAGCUCAUUUGUAUGGUGACACGAUGGAAAUGGAUGAUUCCAUUGUAAUUCAUGCUGCUAGAAGGAGUCCCAGGCAGAUUCUCGGAUUGCCCCAGAGGGAGACGACGGUAUGGGGAAAUGUUCUGCGUGAGGGAAGUGCAUGUCUUACUUCACGUGGCCACCUGGGCUUCUGCACUUCGGUUAAGCACUGCUAUCCCUACUUCAAGUUACCCAAUCUUGGACUGUGGGAGUCCUGGGUGUUGGGCAAUUAUGACACCUGCACCUACUUUGACUCCAAAGGAUCUCCGGCUUUUGGUGUUUGCUGUACAAACCCAAUAACACUGCCCCCAUCCACUACGCCAUCAGAAGAGGAGGCUGAGAAGCCCGAAACAUCUGAGAAGCCAAAUGAGGAGGAAAUGGUCACGGAGACACAGAAACCCGAAGUGCAAAAGCCAGAUGCCAACAAAAGUCCUAGCGUUUGGCCACCACCAAUCCCAACCCAUCCACCAGAUCACACUCCAGCCACCCAUCCACCAUGGGUCACUGGCAUUGGACAUCCCAUCGCGGGAAUUCCCAUUGCUGUACCAGUGGCACCAGGCACCACGAAACCCACCACAAAACGCCCUGGGAUUGCAACAACCUGGCCAACACGUCCCCCUGUCUUUCAGUGGCCACCAACCACAACCCCAGCUCCCAUCCUUCCCACAAGGCCCAGUACCACAACGACAUCUCCUCAAAUUCCUCCUCAAGUACCACCAUCGGGCAUCAAUGCCAACUGUGGCGUAAAGAAUGGGUAUCAGGACUCUGAAAGGAUUGUCGGAGGACACAAUGCAGAUCCCAAUGAAUGGCCAUGGAUCGCAGUACUAUUCAACGGAGGACGCCAGUUUUGUGGCGGUUCCCUCAUUGACAAUCAACACAUUCUUACAGCUGCUCAUUGUGUGGCUCACAUGAGCUCUUGGGAUGUUGCCCGCUUGACUGUUCAAUUGGGAGAUCACAACAUUCGAUCAACAACAGAAGUUUCUCAUGAAACGCGUCACGUGAAGAGGGUAGUUCGUCAUCGUGGCUUUGAUUCCCGUACAUUGUACGACGACGUUGCUCUUCUCACACUAGACACUCCAGUUCAAUUUUCUUCGUCAAUUCGACCCAUUUGUUUGCCACCAGCAAACGAAGUGCGACAGUACAAUGGAAAGACUGGAGUAGUUAUUGGAUGGGGAAGUCUUCGGGAGAAUGGUCCUCAGCCAUCAAUCUUGCAAGAAGUGAGCAUCCCGAUCUGGAGCAAUGAUAAUUGUGCUCGAAAAUACGGAAGUGCUGCUCCUGCUGGAAUUACACAAAAUAUGCUGUGCGCUGGGCAGGAUUACAAGGACUCUUGCAGCGGAGAUUCUGGAGGACCCCUGAUGGUGAAUGACGGUAAAUGGACACAGGUGGGAAUAGUUUCAUGGGGAAUUGGAUGCGGCAAAGGCCAGUAUCCUGGAGUCUACACACGCGUCUCCAACUUUAUGCCAUGGAUUAUGAAAAAUCUCUCUUGAAGUGACUUCAUUCAAAAUGAACAAACUUCUCGCAUUUUGGGAAUUUUCAUUGGACAAAUCUCUUCAAACUGAAGAUGCGUCAAAUGAUGAAUUUGUAUGCCAUAUUUAAGAGAAAAAACAAAUAUUUCACAAAAUAAUUUAUGUAAUUUAAGUGAAAAGAAUGUCAAUAAUUUUUAGGAAAAAAAACUAUCUUUCGAAAUGAAUAAAGCAACGUAGAUGAAGAAAAAUAAUUAUGAAACAUCUCACUCAUUUUUUUUUCUAGCAUUAAGAUACCCUUGUUUUAAGAUCAUAAAAAUAUUACUUUUAUUUUUAAUAUAUAAUUCAUCUUUUUGGAUAAAUAAAUUAACAGUAAAUAUA